GCGGAGCGAUGGGAACAAGGUGAAAAGAUUUUGCACAAACUGCCAGAGAAACGCCGAGUACCAGGUACAGACAGCCGACGGAGCGAAGCAGCAACGCGGUACCGAACAGGAUUCAGCGCCCUCUUCCCAACUUCCCUCCGGUGAUCAUGCUCUUUCCUUUCCUGAUAUUCAUUCCUUUGGCAUCUGCCAAUUUAACCGAGCUGACAUUCGAACUGGCGGAUAAAGAGAUUCAGUGCUUCUACGAAGAGUUGCAGAAAGAUGUCAAGUGCAACUUGAUUUUCCAGGUCGUUGCAGGUGGUCACUAUGACGUGGAUUGCUUCAUCGAAGAUCCCACAAGGCGAAUGAUCUACAGGAAGCACAAAGUACAGCAGGACACCUUGGCUGUGAAAGUGGAGCUCUCCGGUGUCUACAGGUUCUGCUUUGGCAACCAGUUCUCCACUUUCACUCACAAAAGGAUUUACUUCCACCUUGAAGUGGGGGAAGAGGUUCCAAUUAUUCCCACUGCUGAGGGCAAGGACAGUGCUCUCACACAGCUGGAAGCCUCCUGCCUCUCCAUCCAUACUGCACUCAGGAGUGUGAUGAGCAUGCAGGCACAACAGCGGAUACAAGCAUUGAUCGAUCGCCUGCAUGCAGAAGACAUGAACACCCAUAUCAUCUACUGGGCAUCCAGUGAGACCAUCAUCCUCUUCCUGGUCACUGUGGGCCAGGUGAUUAUCCUGAAGAGAUUCUUCACCGACAAAAGGGCCAACACAAGUGUGGCCACCACGUAACCACCUAACAGCUAUGGGCCACUCGACAUAAAUGUGAAGCAUUACUGUAGCAUAGAUAUCAUGUGACAAUCAACAUGCGGUGGUCAAAGAGAAAAUUAUAGUCAGUGAAACUAGCCCCUAGUUAACUACAAGUUGCAAAGUGAGAGGGAGAGAUGUUUGUACCUGUGGCUAACAGUUACCAUUUCUCAAGAUGGAGAAAACAUCUUCAGCCAUAGGGCAACCUGACAACCAUUUUAAAAAUUGCAUUUAUAUAGUGCCUGUCAUGACAUCAGGAUGUCCCCAAUCACUUGACUGGCUGAAGUGCCAUCAAUGUUUACAUGCAGAACAUUGUAAUCAAUUUGCAUUCGGCCAGCUUCCACAAAAUGCCAAAUGGAUGCCUGACCAGAUAAACCGCACUUGUAGACAGGGUUAAAGGAAAUUAGUAGGAUUGGUUAAGGGUAUUUGUAGAUAUUGGUAAAGGGUGUUUGUAGUGUUUGAUAAGGGGAUUUUUAGUGCUGGUUAAGCAUGUUCAUAAUCUUGGUUAGGAGUGUUUGUUGUGUUGCUUAAAGGAAUUUGAAUUGUCGAUGAAGUGUGUUUGUAAAGGGAAAUUUGUUUCUGGUUUAAGGUGUUCAAGGUGAAGGGUGUUUGUAGUUUUGUUAAGGGAGCUUGUGGCAUUUUUUAAAUUUAUAGAGUUGGUUCUGGCUGUCUGCAAUUAUGGUUAAGGGUGUUCGUAAGGUUUGUUAGGAGAACUUAUAUUGUUAGUUGAGGGUGUCUGUAAUGUCGGUUAAGGGAGUUAGCGGCAUUGGUUAAGGGUGUAUGUGGUGUUAGAAAAGAGAGAAAUCAUGGUUCACACACAAUGGACUUCACCACAGACUAUAUCAUUGGUGUCAGGUGACCAAGACCCAUAAUACUUUGAAAUGGGCAACUAGACAUCUCUAAUAGUUCCACACUUUAAUGAAUCUACACAUUUUGAGGUUCUCGGCUUCACUAUCUCCAAUGAUCUCAAGUUGAGUGGCCUCGUCUCCUCAAUCUCUAAGCCUGUCAUCACAAUGUAUAAUUUCCUCUUUGACCAGUUGCCCCUCACUGCUUAUGAAAUCCAAGCUCAUGUGAAUGGGACUCUGAUAUCCAAUGCCUCCUGCUCCCCUGGGUGGGGAAAUGAGGAAAGACCAAAUCGUCUGAUUGGCAAAGCCAAAUAAUAUCUUUAGGUUCCAUCUACCAAGCCCUCUCCAUACUGCAUAUUGUCAUCCCCAUUUGAUUUUGCCAAUUUAAUGAAAAUAAUUAACAUCAGGUUUCCUCAGCAAUCUCCUUUCUUGCUCCUUCAAAGCUAUGUCUUACACUGAUCCUCUUCACUUUAUCCUCACCUUUGUUUGAAGUGGAUGCUUCAGACCUUGUCUUCCUCAUAUGGAUCCCAGAAUCAUGAUAAAUCAAGCCUCACUUCCCCCAACAAUCAACCAAACCAGAGCUUGCUGUCAACAAGUCCUUAUUUUCUGUUUUACCCACGCCUCCGCAACUCAUUCUUUCAGAUUAGGGGCAGCCCGUACUUUGGGCUUCAGCCCUUCAAUGUGGGUUAGGAACAAGUGAACAAGAGUAGGCUGUUUAGGUCUCAGAUCUAUUCAGUUGGAUCAUGUCAAGUGCCCGUUGUUAUGAAGGGAUGCCAUUUGAUCUGGCAUAACCUUGCCCAUCAUACGGAUUCAUGCCAGCAUACUGUUGUCCAAAAGGAGAGGAUAUAAGACAGGUUAAAAAAAAACUUGUUUUGUGUGGAGUCCCUGGUGUAGCAUCAUUAAACUCGGUAAUAAUGACAUUACAAGACUGCUCUGAUUACUUCACGAGUGCUUUAGUAACAUCAACAAUUUUCACCUUUUCCAUCACAUUUUGUCAAAGCUUUUUGUCUUACACUGAUCGGAUAAUUCACAAGAAUACCACUGUAAAGACAGAAUAACAUUUAUGCUGUACGAGAGGUGGUGAAAUUCAAUAUACCACAUUGUUCAUUCGUGUGAUAGGCAGAACAUGUGUGAUGCUAUGAUAUUAGGUGUGUAGGCUGUGUGUCUGGUAGAUCUCAUCAAGCAACACAUCUCUUCAGCUGUUUAAAACAAGCAGGGUAUUGAUUGUAGCCAAACAGCCCGCACUUGCACAUAUCACAAUACAGUGUCCAACAUUUGGUGUGAUUGUGCAUCAGCUUUACAGUGUGGUACAUCAAUGUGGAAUAUAUACUGUAUAUUAAUGCACAGGACAAUGUCUUUGCAGGUAGAAAGAACAUGUACAUGUGUGCACCUGUUUCUGUACAACAAAAUAGCUAACAGCUAUUCACUGGCUCAUGUCUCAGGACAAUACCUUUGCCAAUCAGAGUCAACUUGACUGCUUUAAAAUUUAAACAAAAUUUGGCAAUUAACUGUCAGUCAUCAUCAUUCAUCACAUUCUCCUAGCAAUGCCUCUACCAAUCAGAAUCCACUUGCCAACCAAUCAGUACUCUCCUCUCAUAUGAUAUCAAUGUUGUUUUCCCUUUCAUUCAGUUUUUUGCAAAUUGUCCUGAUAAAUGCAAGACGAAAAGCUUCAACAAGAUGUGUCUUUUUUUAAAAGCAAUACUUAACUUUUGCACUAUCAAAUAGACUAGGGGAUUGGAUGUGAUGAGUUGAGUGAUAUGCCUCCAUUCUGUGCUAGUGAAUUGACAGAAAAUGUACAAUUCUAUUCUACCCCAGUGAGAAAAUAAUCAUCACACGUGACUGAUGCAGCUGGACUGGAGUACAGAUAUCUCACUCAGUAGCAGGGAUGAGUAAUAAAUGCUAGCCUAGCCAGCAAUACCCACAUCCCAGAAUGAAUUUUCUUAGCAAAACCUUGCAAGUAGCUAGUUGCUUGGGCACUGAUUCCCAGUUACCUCUUGUCUUGAUAUGAGCACCAGGUUUAUUCUAAGAGUAAUUAUCACAUCACAGAUAGUGUUUAAACAUGUGCGGUGUAAAGACUGCUGGCUGCAGGCUCUCAACUGAACAGAAUGCAGGAAAAGAAUAGUUCAGAUAGAGAAUAAAUGAGGCUAUAUAAACCCCCACUCUUUAAUGAAUCCUGUUAAAUGAGGUCCUGAGUGCCACUAAAUGGGAUCAGUUGAUUAUAUAAUAGGUUCAGAGUAGUCUCAGUGCAAUUCAAUUGCUCUUUGCUACUGAAAAUCUCAUUUUUCCUGAUACACUAGGUUAUGCCUCCUGUUAACUCACUAAUUUUCACCCGGGGAACAUACAACUUGCAUUUAUAUAGUGCCGUUCAUGAUCUCUGUAUGUGCUAAAUGUGUCUCAGCCAAUUACAUGUUUUAGAGGUGUUGUUAUAUGUAAAACACAGCAGCCAAUGUUCUCACUGCAAACUCUUGCAUAUAGCAUUGUGAUUUUUGACCUGAUCAUCUGUGUUUGACUGAGGGAUAACUGAGGUGUCUGAGGGAUAAACAGUUGGCAGGAGUACAGGACGAGACCCACAAUUUUGUUGAACAUUCACAGAUUGCUUGCAUGCCACCUGAUAACAUGUUGGACUGGAGCAUGCCACCAGAAAAAAGACCGUCUCCACCUGUCCCGUUCUCCAUCUGUGUUAGUUCCUGAAAAAAUAGUGUUUAAGUCGGUAUUGGCUGAAGAACAAGGCAAAGUCAUGCCACAGAAUGAGUUGGCACUUCCAGCAAUGUAGUGGCCAGCACCUCAUGGAGAGAGAGUUGAAACUACAUGGUUAGAAGGAGUUGAUGAUCAGAUCUAAGUCAUUCAAGCUGAUUUAUCCCCAGGAAUGGUAUCAACCCCUCCCUGCCAAUCUGCAGCCCAACUCCGGUCUGCUCCAAGAGCUAGGGCUAAGAGAUAAAUAGUUAACGAUGCCUUUGGCCAGCGUAAUGGCAAUGUCACUAGAGUUACACUGAUCUCUUCCUUUUUUUUAUACAUUUCAUACUAUUCAGAGAGGCUGACAUGUUGCCCUGGGUCACAGUGCCUCACAGGGCACAUGGACCUUACCGACACAGAAGAACAUAGCUGGUACAGAAAUCAGCACAUUUUGCUCUGGUGUCACAUAUUAAACAGGGCCAAAGUUGGCUAUGGAUUCAGUAGUUGGUGUCUAGACAGAAUGAUCCCAGAUGGUAGCAUAUCCCCUGUCAAUGGGACCUCAUGAAUCUCAAUCUGAGUUACCCUCUCAUGGAGUAUAUGAAAUAUUAUGCAAUAGGAAUAGUGUGUUGAUGAUUAAAUCAGGGACAUAAGUCCUGUAUAUUGAGGAGAUGUACAAUUCUCUCAUAAUGCUUGUAAUGCCUGAAUUUAUUCAAUGGCUGUACACAUUUGAAGAUGUGUUUGUGUGAUUUCAAUCAGAAAUUUGAUUCUAUCAAUCACUAUAUGUUUAGAUCAUUUCAAUUUUCAC